GCUAUGGGGAAUCAUCGCAAGUAGCUUCUAUACAGUCACGUGAUGAUGCAUGCGUAACCAGGGCUACCACGUGACCUCAGAAUGGUUGAUGCACUUGGUGUGUAAGCAGUGCUGGGGAACUGCGUAGAUCCCGCCUGCCCCGUGACAUUUUCUGUGAGGCGUCCGUGUUUAAAGAGUGGCUGCAGAGAAAUGUCUUCAGCCAGGCGGGCCUCGUGUGCAAGUGGUGGCCAAGUGGGCACGCGGCAUUUGGUGUUUGCGUACAGACUGUGGAACAGUGUUCACCAAGAGACAUCCAGGGCCGACAGCAGUACUACCACCGGCGCCAGUGCCAGCUGCCUCAGCAGCCGGGGGGGAGGCCCAUCGAGUGACAGCUCCUCCGGGCCCUCGUCGCCCCACCAGGAGGAGCCCGACCCGCUGAGCGACCGCCUGCUGCUCGGACCACACAUUGACGAGUCACAGGGAGGACACCCGGUCAAGUUUGGCGAGCUCGUGCUCCUAGGGUACAAUGGGUCUUUACCCCAUGGCGAGAAAGGUAGGCGGCGGAGCAAAUUCUUCCUGUACAGGCGUCCCUUCCCCAAUGGCAUCAAGAAGUCCAAGCAUUACAUUGUCAAGACACCACAGUCUUCAAAGUGCCGGCAGGCCACUAAAGUUGGAGAAAAGACUACACGGUCUGCACUCAUGGCUGUGCUGGACAGCAAGCAGCACUCCAUUUCGUACACGUUAUCGCGGACGCAAGCGGUCAUCGUGGAGUAUGUGCUCGACGAGGAAACGGACCUGUUCCAGAUUGGCCGCUCCUCUGAGAGCCCCAUCGACUUUGUGGUGAUGGACACGGUGGCCGGGGGGGACAACAAGGCGGGUGCCUGUAGGGUCGCCCAGAGCACCAUCUCCCGCUUUGCCUGCCGCAUCCUGUGCGAGCGCAACCGCUCGCACCGCUCGUACGUGUUCGCCGCUGGAUUCGACUCCUCCCGGAACAUCUUCCUCGGGGAGAAGGCGACCAAAUGGCAGCAGGACGGGGAGAUAGACGGCUUGACGACCAAUGGCGUCCUCAUCAUGCACCCACAAGGGUCCUUCUGCGGUGGUGCCACACCCGGAAUCUGGCGCGAGGUGUCCGUCGGUGGCAAUGUGUACGCCAUCCGCGAGUCCCGAUCGGCCCCCAAGAAGGGUGUCAGGAUUGAAGACGAGACGAACGUUCUGCGAGACGGCUCGCUCAUUGACCUCUGCGGAGCUACACUCCUCUUUCGGUCGGCCGAGGGACUCUUGAAGUCACCGACGAAGCAGCACUUGGAGGCACGCGUAGAGGAGCUGAACGCGGGCCGCCCCCAGUGCCCCGUGGGUCUGAACACCCUGGUGAUUGCCAGCCGUGCCACGUUGAGCCAGGGGGACAAGCAGCCGUAUGUGUACCUGCACUGUGGCCACGUCCAGGGCCUGCACCACUGGGGACUCCCCGAGGGGGCCUCCAACGUGCGCACCUGCCCCAUGUGCCUGAAGAAGGGUCCCGUGGUCAAGCUAUGUGUGGGCAUCGAGCCAGCCUUCUACGUGGACAAUGACCCACCGAACCAUGCUUUCAAUCCAUGUGGCCACAUGGCUUCUGAAAAGACUGUCAAGUACUGGGCCUCGGUGUCUAUACCACACGGCACCAACGGCCUUCAGGCGGCCUGCCCCUUCUGUGCCACUCAGCUGGAAGGGUACCCAGGAUACGUGCGCCUCAUCUUCCAGGACCACAUCGACUGAUUGUUGCCGUUUUCCCCCUCCCAUUCUUCUCGCUCUCGUGGGGCCUCGGCAGCUGAUGGCAUUCGCGAGUGUUCGGAAGAAGACAAUAAAAAGCCAGAGGCACAGUCGCCCUCUCUCAGCUUCAACCUUCUGCGAUCGCCACGAGAGCAGCUAGGGCUGAAUGUCGAUGGGAUGCCUUCGGUCUGCGUCCCCCACUACAAUCAACCCGUCUCUCGAGGCAGGAGUGUGCAAGAGAGGCAGAGUGCUGUGCCGUCUUUGUUCGUCGCAUCGUCAGACGAGGUCUGACGAGGUCGUCGAGACCGAGGACAACGUCAGCGGCUACAGUCUGCAAGAACUGGGAGAAUGGUGCGCCGUCUUUCUACACUUUAGACGGGGACGCUGGAAGUUGCUGACAGUGCUGGCCCGGAGCUGUGUUGUAAUCAAAUCUGCUUCCGUGCCAUGCCAACGUGAUCUAAUCGUGCACCUGGCUGCAAGCGUGACCUCCUCCUAGUACAUGCACUGGUGGGCACCUGGGGUGCACAAUGGAUGGAGCUGGGCAUGGUUUGGCGAACUGUGAUAAUUAAACAAAACUGUUGACGAAAAAUUUUGUUGCAAAAUUUUGAUGGGAAGGCUGCAGGUGCCUUUAAAUAGGAUUUGAUGGAGAAACCUUACUUGACUGAAUUUCAUCAAAGAUCCUAAUGGGACGCUUCAUAACUUAAGGGAACUGUCUUGCCUAAUUGAAUUUUAUAGGGAGUCUCAAUGGGAUAUCUGAUGCAGUUUCGUGGUAAAAAUACUUUACCUGACAAAAAAAAAUGUCACGGUGGAUAGUCUUGUCUGGGCUUCUAGUUGCCCUGACAAGACAAAAUGCAUCAGCCUGCGCAUUGCGCACCACAGGUGUUAAAUCACGGGCUCUGGGCGGUUGUCUUGCACCAAGUGCAGUAUUGCAGGUGUGGAGAAGAGUCACAGUCUUGCUUUGCCAUGCCAUAUUGAGACUGAAUCUGUGGUGCAUGGAACCUGGUAGGGGCGUGCGAAUAUUUGAAAGUUUCGAAUAACAAAUCGAAUAGUGUCCUACUAGAUUCAGUGUUCAAAUUGAAUAGUCGUUAUUUGUCAAUGCGAAUCUUUUUCUAGUAAAAUGUUGACUGUGCCCAAGUAAAAGUAAAAUUGGAGCAAAAGUACGGCAAAUUUUCACCCUUUGGGCAUAGUAUAGACAUAAAACAUAAGAAGGUGCAUAGUGGAGCAGGCUACGUCACUUAGGUAGCCAUAUUUUACAGGCUUUACAGCUAUCAUUCGCACUCUCUGAAGAGCCCUAUGCAUGCAAAGAAAGUACUUGUUUGCUCCUAAUGGGGGCUUCAUUUGUGCUUUUAAUGAACAACUCUUCGUAACGUACUAUGUAAUGACAGGAACUUGCUUAUUGUAAGAAUACUUGUAUAUGAACAUCGUUUUAUGUUAAUUGAUAACAGCUGUUAAUCAUUCGAAAACUAUUGGGAAAGUAUUUGGUAUUCAAUUCGAUUUGCUUCUGGCAUUAUUCGAUUCAUAUUCGAUUCGGUCUCGUGAAUCGCUAUUCGCACACCCCUAGAACCUGGAUCGUGGGUGGGAUUGAGGCCAGCUGGGAGCGGUAACUUGUAGCUUGUCAUUUAGUGCGGCGUGUUUAGUGUGGGGAGGCUGUAGGUGUUUUUGACAAUAUACUGGGAAGUAAAGGCUUUGCUUUACAUUGUAUUUUGUUACACAAUAUCGAGCAGCAGUUCGGAAGGUGUAUUUGUUUGCUGGAUACAUUAGCAGGAAGGCAGUCAUGAUGACUGCAUCUCUGUGUGUUAAAAUUGUGACAGUUUGCUUUAAGUCAGCAAGAAUCCUGCUUUUCAUUGCGUUAAUUUAUGUUGCACGGAAUCGAGCAGCAAAUGAAAUGAUGGCUGUUCCGUGAAAGGGGGGGGGGGGAGUUGGAAGCAUUUCCAAUGCUUCCCUCCUCCUUGCUUUAGACCUGCGAGUGGCUCGAUGUGGAGUCGGCUAGAAGUUGUCUGUGGUGGAAUCGCUGAAUUGUUUAUGAAAUUUGAAUGCCAGGUCAUGGUGAAUUUCAUAGUGCAGGGAAGUGCGGCGUGGACGUCUGGCUUAUUGAAAUGACUCUCUGUGCCAUUUUAAGAAACUGCCGACUGUUAUGGACCACUCCUCAGUAAUCUGUUUCACAGUUUUGGCUAGCCUCUGCCAGGGGGGCUAUGUAUUUCAGGACCAAGUAGACACAUAAUAGCAUUAUACGAUACUGCAAAGGAAAUGGAAUGCUGCAGUGCUGCUAGCAACAAGUUUGCUUGAAGUUUCAUUGCACGAAAAGGGAAUUGACUGAGUGCAUAUUUUGCAGCGGGUGCAUCACAGGCUGCUUUUGAAACACAGAAUCUCUUGUUGUGCCAAGUGUAGGAUUAGUACUUCAGAAUUAAGAGAAUUGUUUCAGUGUAAUUCUUGGGUGUUCAGAGUGGUUCUUUUUUUGUUGCCCUUUAUUUCCUUGUUGCCUUCUGGCUAUUGGUAUUCACUGUAAUGCCAUGGCACGAAAUAGCAUUGCGCACAUGUUCUCGCAUUGUUGAACCCUCUGGGGCAGAACAGUGCAAUUCAAGCCAGUUGCUCCGAGACCAUGCUGUGUACUUUGCCGUCUCGAAGUUUUAGCCAUAUUGAGGUACAUUGGUAUUGCUUUAGCAGGAGAGAACACCUUUCUUCACAUUCAGCCAAAGGAUUUAUAUUCAUUUUGUUGGAUACCAGACACUCAGUCAGGGCACGGCAAUUUGUAUAGCUUGAUUUCAUCAUUCUAGGCUUGGUUGGAACAUUGAGCUUACAAGAGUUCUGUGAAAUGAGCUUUUGUGAGAGAUACCAUGUGCAAUCUCGCGAUUGCUGAUGCCUUUUGUUUCUUUUUAAUCUUUGUUUGAAUGGCUAAGAGACAUGUUUUUCUUAGUGGGGUCAGUUUAUAGAUUCUGCCUGUUGUUACUGCUUUUUUUCCCCUCCUCUGCUGUUUCCAUUUUGUGAGACAUUUGUAGCAAGACAUUCCGAUCUUCUUACAUGUGUUGCAUGACUGCUGUGCGAAAAGGCACGGUGUGUUUAUUAGUUUAGUUUCUGAAGGAGACCGCCAGCCAUCACAUUCAGCAUCAUGUCUGCGUUGAAAAAUAAAUCAUACACUCAUCAUCAAGUCAUCAAUGUGGAUUGCAUUUUCUUUUUUCUCUUUCAUUUCAUGUGCUAGUUCACUGCGGCAAUGCCAUUGGAGUUCACCAGGGAUCUGAUUAACUAGCCACAACCUGUUGAUUAAAACUUAUAAGCCUAGUGUUGUAGCUGUUGCUGUUAGUCACAUUCAGGAAGAACUUUGAAUUAAUCCAAUAUGACUCGUGCUCUCCACAGCUCGGCUAUUCUGCUUGCAUAGUGCUUUUGGCUUGCCAUAAAUUCGGCUGGAUUGUCAACUGAUUCGUUUAGAUGCUUUCAAUUUUGAGUGACGUGGCAUGUAGGGUGACACCUUGCUAAAGUGACGGGAGCCUGUCAGUGCACUGGCGACAUGAAUAGAACAUGAGGGUGUGUGGUGUGCCGUCACAUUGGCUGUGUCGCACAUACUUUGAUCACAUCUGCUUUUUGUCACGCCUGCUUUUCGUCACACCUGCUUUUUUUGUUACAUCCACUUUGGCCUCAGUCAGUCAACCCGUGCCAAAAGUGGUGCCCUUGAAAGUGAUCGAUCCAGACUACGGCUCCUGGCUGGUUAAACAUGCGCACAACUGCCUUGUUUGCUUCAUUUAGAGCUUUGCUUCUCAACACAUCUUCUGGUUUCAUCAGUUCUGUUCCAUUUCGCUAUUGGGUUAGUUUUUGGGCAGCUUUUGCCACAUUGCCCUGUCAUUCACCCAUUCCUUGUUCCGCCUCUUGGCGUUGAGCUUUUUCCCAGUAUCAUCUCGGCACCUUGCUCGCAGUCACUUUGUUUCUUCCUGUCACUACAGUCAGUCAGGUCGUCAUCGCAUCGUUGAUUUUGUGGGAAGAUGCGUCUCUGACGAUCAAAAAUGGCAGAAGGUUAUUACCCACACAACAUGUAGAUAAUGAUCAAUUUUUGUUCUGUGAAAGGUGCAUUGUGUUUUUUUAGAGGAGUGCUUAAAAUCUUGACAUUGGUAGUGUUGCUUUUGGCAACCAGCACAAGGACAUGCAUGCACAGAUGUGCACAGACGAGUACAAAUGUGCAACCGCAGGGCACAUUGAGAAUUUGCAUUCUCAUUGUGCAACAAAGAAUGUCCUGCUUCCUCUGUUGUGCCUGGCUCUAGGCCCAAAACCUUGCUUAACGGGUUGACUAGGGCAAUGCUGGAAUCUAACGGCAAACCAUAUCAUGUAGCUGCUAUAAUCAUUAAUUGACAAACAACCAAGGUUAAAACUCUGUUAAAGCAUUUACGACUAGGCAACUGAUGGCAAGGAAUGAACCAGUACUGUUGAACCUCGUUAUAAUGAACCUGUAUCCGUACACAAAAAUACCUUCGUUAUAUUCAAUAUGUUGGUGAGAAGCAUGUUACAUUUAAUUUGUUAUAUCCGAUAAUUUGUUGUAUUUGUGUUUAUUAUAUUGAGGUUCAACUGUAGUUUGUUGGCAAAUACUGUCACCCAAGCCAGUUCCUAAGUUGCCUUGCUUGCAAAUAGGCUGCAAUCGUCCAUCUCCAAAUUCAUACCACAUCCCACAUAGGGUGGUCGUUGUGAGAUGGCUACCGAUUGUGCAAAUCAUUCUAAUAAUGCUUGAGUGCCUGAUUGUUUGGCCAUAUUCAAAUGGUUGAAAUAGUAAAGCAUCAAAUUCUUAAAUUCAACACUAAUCAAGUGGUAGGGGGAGAUGUUAAAUUUAUUUUUGAAAUCUUAAAUAGGGCUGCAGUCGUGAAAGUAUCACCUAGUGGAGCGCAAACCGCAAGUGUUACAUGCGUGGUUGUGAUUUGCUUUGUAGUAGGUCUAGAGUCCGCGAUGAAAGACUACUUGAAUGUUAAUCGCUCGAUAGGCAUUGCGUAGGUGUACGGGGAGCUGUGCGCAGAACUGGGUGUGGUUACAAUGCAGUGCGAAAAGUUAUGUGCAUAACUGUUGGCAUUCUUGCAUUCGCCUUAUCAUCGCCUCUUUUGUUUCAGCGCUGUUUGAUGCUGUGCUUAUUAAUUUUUCACUACUUCAGCUGGGAAGUCGCCUGCCUGUAACAGCUAGUAUUCAAACAAUGCACCCAUGUCUCGAAAUGAAUUCCUGAAAUCUGAUGCCAUACGUUUGUUGGUUUAUUAUGCACGGUGAGCUGCAUUUUCACGGCAGGGGUGAGACGCUUGAGUCUUUUAUUUAUUGUUUUUAAAUAUUUACAAAGGUUUCUGGUGUCCCAUCUCGCGUGCCGGCUCUCGAACAUCGAGGACUGCUGUCUCCUUUCCCUUGUUGUUAGAUGUAUUUCACUUGGAAAUUGUGCAUUGCCCGCAGGUCUUCUUUUCUAGCUUUGAAGGGGUAGCACAGGACACUCGCGACAAUCUUCUGUCUCUACCAUGACAAUGACAUGCUCUCUAUUAAGCUAUGAGUAUGUCAUGGGAGGGAGUGAAGUUAUUUAUGGCAUGUUUUUUUUUUUUUGUUCAGCCGUGUUUAUAGAAUAUGGUUUCAUUUAUGUUUUCUAGCAACCUAUGGCAUGAUUUUUUCUUUUUUCAUUGUGAGUUUUUGUUUUUCCAGAAAGUAUGUGAUUAUUUCUUGUGUGACGGCUCCUCUAGAGCCUGUGUGCUCUGUUUGCCUGCAUUGAUUCAAGUUUGUGAUUUGUUUUUCUGAACUGUCACUAGUUUUUUUUUUUUUUUCUUAUGCGUGUGGGCAUCAGGUUGCCUGCGGUUUUCUGACAGCGCCAUUUGCGUACAUUAAUUAUGCCCUAAGGCGUAGGCAUUUUUUUUUAUUUGCAUCUAGCACAGGCAGUCCCUGGAGCUUACCUUUUUUUUUUGUUUGUGCGUGUGUGUGAAUGAAAUUUUCUUAUGCGAAUAACAAUGUCUGCUUAAGCUGUUAGAUUGUUGCGCACCUUUUUAUGAAAUUUUCAAAUUGUGAGGUGUGAUUCAUUCUUAUUAUUCUGCAUCCAAUUUUUCUUUCCACCCUUUCUGUCAUCAUCACUUUCCCUACUUUCUGGUGUUCGAGAUGUUCAUCAAUGUAGUCCAGCUGCCACUUUUGGGCAGUUGUAAGCUUGUACAAAUUAAUUGUAAAAAAUUUGGUUAUUGGUGUCAGAAUUAGAGCUUUGUUCAUUUGCAGCACUUUUUUUUGUGUGUGUGUGUGAAUUGUCAUUUUGUGGAGUGCCAUUUAAGUUGACCAAUUUCCACGUGUCUCGCGAUGUACGCAGGGCUUCUUCCCUCUCGGGUUGUUUGCUGCGUAGACGUGAAUUGCCUCGGAAUUUUGAUUUCGCACAUUGUCAUGUCCUCAGCCAGAAAGCAAAUCAUUCCAUUCAUGUUGUUUUGUGUUGCAUUCUUUUUUCUUUGUUCACUUUAUAUAUUCGCACAAACUUCUAGUGUUGCCGAAUUUGUCACAAGCACUUUCCAUACUGUAGGAGGAUAGUGAAAUGGAAUACUGACACUUCCAGCAAGCCCCCUCUUCAAUACAAUGAUUGAUGUUCACCGAGGCUCUCCGAUAUUUUUCGUUUUGUAGUACAUGCACUGGCAUGACAUAUUAUUUAAACAGCAAUCUCAAGAAUUUAAACACUGUUUUCAAUAUAGUGUGCGUGAAUUCAAGGUGAGGAAAUAUAAAUUCAGCAAGUUGCGAGAUAGGGAUUGCAUAUUUAUUUAUUUCAAAUUUUGGGUUUUGCCUUCACUUAGAGAUUUAUAGGAUCUUUCAUUGCGGAACAUGAAUGACAGAAAAACAGUUUCAGUAUGCCGGUUAACAUUUUAAUUGAGUUGGUGAGUUUUCGAUGGCUGUAGCUAUGGGUGGUCACUAAUAUGACAAUUUGAGUUCCCCUCUAAACGUGGCUCAUGAUGGAAAAAAAAGCAAAAAAUGCCUAGUUUACAGAAUGUACUUUUCCUGCAAGUAAAAUGGGAGUGGCUGAAAGUUCUACUUUUUAAGUUCGAGAGCUGUUUCCAGUUUUGGUGCGAUCCAAGUUUGUACCUCCUGAAAGCUUCACUGUGCGAGUUGCUCCAUGAAUUAGAAAUUUAGCUUGCUGUGGCAUGCGAUGUGAUUGCUCCAGCUGCAUCUGUACUUACCGAAAUGGUUUUCAUAGUUUGUCAUUUCUCCUUGCUAUGUACAAAAGCACGCUAUCCUUUUGAGCCCAAGUAUGAUUUUUCAGGGUGCUUUCUAACACGACAGGUGCCAGGCUAUGUACUCCCUGCACGAAGUACAGCUGUACACUGCUGAGUGUUCGCUUCCAAGUUCCUCGGUCUUGUGUGUGUAUCUUCAGUUUUAGUCUUGCACCAGUUACCUUGUGACCUGUACAGUGGAACCGAAGCGCACGCUGGCUUGUAACAGCAGUGACACUAGUUGGUGUCUUAAAGAAUCUAUGAGUGAUGUGAAAGGAAACGCUUAAAAGUAUACCUCAUAGGCAAUUUUUUAAAUAAUUAACUAUUAAGAUUUCUCAAUCACGACGAGCAAUGUACGUGCCUCUCCAAGUUAAUUUCUGUUUCCUCAUUGUGAGGGUUUUUCAUGUACAUACAUUCGUGCAGAAAGUGCUUUGGUCCAUGAGCUUGUGCAUGUGCUUGGUUUGGAGGUGGCUUAGACUCUUUCUGACGUGCAUAUUUUUUUGGUAAUAAACACUGUAGUGUUUUGUACGUUCAGUCGUAUUGUACCCUCACGCCUGCAUUCCUUGUAAGCAACUGUGUUUGUCACAGUGCAUGCGCUGAGUUCAAGAGUAGGAGGUGGCAGUGGUUAUCUGUGUCCAUGCACUAUAGAAGGUCUUUUGCUGAUAGGCGGGGUUUCUAGAGAAGGUGGUUUCACAAGACGCCAAAGUGCAGACUGGUAUGAAGCAGCUGUCUCAUUUGCGCGAGAAUAAUAUCAACAGAAAGUGCAUCAAAAUUAUAAGUGUUAAUGCCACCCUGUAUAGCUCUGUGUUGGCUUGUUCAUUUACUGGCUUCUCUGAACUAUCUGCUGAAUCUUGCAACUGUGGCCGCAUGCACAUUGUGGUAGUAUUGGCACUUUCUCCAGCCAACUGUUAUUGGUUCCAGAGGGUGUGUUGUAACUAAACUGUUCUGAAGAGGUCCAAAGCUGCCUCCUGUGUAACUUCUACACCAGUAGAAUGAUUCCAAGAUCCAUGGUGAAGUGCGCAGAGAUCUAAUUAGUGAGCCACUUUAAUUGUGGACAGUGCUGUAAUAGACAAGAAAAAAGAAACAGAUGCGCACCACUAUGCGUCGUCUGCUUCUCCGAGUGUCCGUUCUGCGCACUCCUUCUGUUUAGUUUCAUUGCUGCUUCCAUGCAGAACCAACUAUAGUGCAGAAAUUUGCAGUCUUUUCUUGGGUCUUGUCAAGCCAGUACAUAAAUUGCUUGUUUUUCUUUGGUAAUCAUUUAAUCACCUUUAUCGCAGGCAAUCAAGGCACCACAUUAAGAGCUAUCAAACAGACUGCACAUAUACAUAGUUCUUUAGUAGUUGCUGAUUUGAGCUGCUGUUUCAGGAUCAUAAGAAACUUAAUUCCAAUCACUUCCCAUCUGUGCUCGGCAUUUUUGCCGUCAAAAGUGGGCUGUAGAACAUUGUGACCAUGCGCUUGACCCCUACCCCUUCUCUCAGAAGAACUGGAAGUUUCUGUCUUAUUCCUUUAUUAUUUCCUUUUCAUUCUACAUUUGCCUGUACCACAACCAGAUUCACUGUUGCCACGGUUUCAUUCGGCUCGACCCUCAUUUGAGCGUGCAUUUUGCUUGAAUUACUGAACACUGCGACCGUGCUUGCAUUUGGGGAUAGCGCACGUCAGAGUGGCAGACACGCCUCUUGCACCACUUUUUUUUUUUAAUUAUUACAUUGUGUCUGCUGUGUGCUUAUGAUGGUGACAGUUGUUGGGUGCAUUGUAGUGGGAGGAGAGCACAUGCUGUUUAUUAGCCUUUCUCUUUUUGGCAAUGUACAGAAGCAUGUUUACACGCGCACUGGACCCACUUUGUGUAUGAUAAUGUUAACGCCUGACCGCCACUCGUCCCCUUUGCGUGGUCUCUCGCAUUGGCGUGGGCCUAUUUAUCGAAUGUAUGUACGAGUGUGCAUCUGAAGCUGUGUAGAUACUAUACCUUACUGCUGGUAUUUCUAUGUACCAUAGGAAAUAAAGAUCAUUUUCAACAAUGGC